AUGAGACCGAUUCAGUUUUUCAAUAAUGGCCUUAAACCAUUGGUGACACAUCUAAAUUGCCAAAAAAGGUUCAUCAAUACUAAUUAUGGAAUAUCGAUUGGCGGAAUAAUAGAAUAUAGACAGACAAAUAUGUUCAAUGGGCCACUUGCUGUUUUAAAAUUUGGUUACUCCAAAGGACACCUCACUUUGAACCCUAGGUGUUUUUCAACACUCACGAAAGUCGAAGAUUCAGUGACUGGAGAAGGACUCUACAGCCAGGCCGCGAAACCCCUCGAACAGUUUAAAGUGAAUCCCACGGUGACCACGUAUGCCGAUGGGCUCAAAUCGUGUAGAAUAUUUGAUAACCCGAACAUAAUUAGCGUGAGAAGAGAGGGAAGGGAAACAGUUUUCGAUAAACUGUACAGAUAUUUGGACAUAGGAGGCUUUUUUACAAUGCUGAAUAGCAGGAAGGCGCACCUGCUGAGAAUCUCGCCAGAAGGAAGAAUAAGUUUAAUGUGCUACACAGAGUUUGAAAGGAGACAGGGGCUCUUGAUCAAGGCUGUCGUAUCGCUGCUGAUGCUCUACAUGUACGCCUGCUACGUGAACCACAAACUGCACAUAUUCGACAGGCACCCGAGUCCGGAGCUGCCGACCUUCGAGUUCACAGGGAACAGGACGAAGGACUUCACGUGGCACGGCAGCCUCCCCUUCCAGUACCCGAAGGGCAGGUGCAAGGACUGCAGGUGGCUGGAGCUGGAGUGCAAGAAGAAGUGCUUCGACGAGCUGCUGGAGCAGGGCCACGGGUUCAUCAUCCAGAACCCAAUGCAGAUACCGAGGAGGAAACUCAUGCCGAGUCCAUUCCCGCCAGCAGAGUAG